AUGUGUGGGAUUAUCGAGAGCCCCCUCUUCCUCAAACUGAACCCCAUGAUGAAACACAUGGAUCUGCCUGUCAGUGUCUUCGAGUCAGUGAUUGACAUCAUCAAUGGAGAGGCUACAAUGCUGUUUGCUGAACUGGUGUACACUCUGGCCACAGAGGAGGCCGAGCGCAUUAGGGUUGAUCAUGUGGCACAGAUGACAGCGACAGGCAGUGGCGAGAACUCCACAGUGCCCAAGCAUCUCAUUGCCCAGCACAGUGCCAUAAAGAUGCUUCAUAGCCUUGUCAAGCUCAUCUCACAGUAUGUUAAAGCCUCGGAAGCAGGGGAGGUGCCCUUCAACCAUGAGAUCUUGCUUGAGACCUAUGCUCUCGGCCAUUGCCUGCCUGUGCUGAGCACUGACAAGUUCAGAACAGAUUUUUAUGAUCAAUGCAAUGACGUGGGCCUCAUGACAUACCUUGGCACCAUCACCAAGACCUGCAACAGCACAAACUGGCUGCACUCCCCUAAGUCCACCUCUGAGUAG